CAUAAAUUAAUGAAGAAAUCAAAAUCUCUCUCCUUGAUGAAAAAAUGAUUCGGGAGCCAAGUAUUAAUAUUUGAUUGAUUCGUGGGUUUGGCGCUUUGCAACUUCGGGGUUCACGAAAAGGAACAAUUCUUUAGCCUCAGAAAAGGCAUAAAAAAACUACACAAGGGUCUGCUCUUCGACCCAUUUGGAAGUUUUAUUGUCAGAGCCAACUGGGUCCUCGUUGAUUCUUUACUUGCAUUUUUUAUUUAAUAUCAUUUCCCUUUUCUCUCAUUUGCGCUUCUAAAUUGUCUUUUUUGAACUUGAAAAAUCACAUUCCCAAGUCUUCAAAUACUUGUGAAGAGUUCUGACUCCAAGUAUUUAUUUAUUUAUUGGCAGAGAAUCAGAGAGAGAGGAGGGAUUGAGACAGAAUGAGGCGGCAGGUGGUGGUGGGGUGGUGGUGUUUGUGGUGUUGUGUUGUUGGGAUUGGUCUGAGCACAAGUCUGGAUACUGGGUUUGAGGCGGCGGCCUCAUAUUCCUCCACGCCUGACUCGGUCAUGAUCCCGCUCUCUCUCAUUCAUGGAGCUGAUUCUAAAGGAGCUGUUUGUUUGGAUGGAACCCUGCCUGGUUAUCACUUGGAUCCUGGUUAUGGAUCUGGUGCAAACAGUUGGCUCAUUCAGUUGGAGGGAGGGGGUUGGUGCAAUAACAGAAGAAGCUGCGUCUACAGAAAAACUACUCGCCGUGGAUCAUCGAAAUAUAUGGAAAAGCAACUUAAUUUCACUGGAAUAUUGAGCAACAAACAAGAAGAAAAUCCUGAUUUCUUCAACUGGAACAGAAUCAAACUACGUUACUGUGAUGGGGCAUCUUUUGCUGGCAAUGGUCAGGACCAGGCCUCACAGCUUUAUUUCCGAGGACAACGCAUCUGGUCAGUUGCCAUGGAAUACUUGAUGGCCAAGGGAAUGAAAAAUGCAGACCAGGCACUGCUUUCUGGAUGCUCUGCUGGAGGUCUAGCAUCUAUACUACAUUGUGAUGAAUUCCGGAACUUGUUUCCACAAUCUACCAAAGUGAAAUGUUUAAGCGAUGCUGGAAUGUUCCUUGAUGCAGUUGAUGUCUCUGGUGGACAUACCCUUAGGGAUAUGUACAGUGGUGUAGUUAGCUUACAGGGAGUGCAAAAGAACCUGCCAAGAACUUGUACCGAUCACCUAGAUCCGACUUCAUGUUUCUUCCCUGAGAAUCUGGUGGCAGACAUCAAGACUCCGAUGUUUCUUCUAAAUGCAGCCUAUGAUGCAUGGCAGGUAACAAAUAGUUUAGCUCCAAAAUCCGCUGAUCCCCAAGGAUAUUGGGAAAAAUGCAGAGAAAAUUACGCACAAUGCAAUUCAUCGCAGAUUCAGUUUCUACAAGAUUUUAGGAAUGAAAUGCUGGAUAAGAUAAAAGUCUUCUCAACGUCCAACCAAAAUGGUUUGUUCAUAAAUUCGUGUUUUUCACAUUGCUAUUCCGAGAGACAAGAUACAUGGUUUGCCGAUGAUUCGCCAAAAAUCGGAACAAAGAGGGCUGCGGAAGCUGUUGGAGAUUGGUAUUUUGAUCGAGAAGAAGUUAAAGCCAUCGACUGUCCUUACCCGUGCGACAAAACCUGCCAUAAUCUAGUUUUCAAGUGAGUCGAUAAGUUGUCAACGAUUUGUAAUAGGGGCUUCCCCCAUGACAUUUUCUUGCACAUUUGAUCUAUUAGUUGUCUCAGGAGAAAGUUCCUGUGCUCAAUUAUGAAUAAAGAAAAGGGAUACAUGAUCUAUAUUCGUGCCGGAUUUUCCAUGAAAAAUACCCCGUAGAUC